CUACCAGCAGGGGCCAAAUUCGGCUGGGUGUCUCAGAAACAUCAGGGCAGCCCCUUUUAGCUCUUAGCUCAGUUCAUGACACAGAUAGAGAUUCCUUUGCACUUUGAGAAGCAACUACUGAACACGGCAGCAGCAUUCACCUCCUUAAUUGAUGUUUCAAAGAAGAGAAAUGCAUCAUCAGUUUUUCUCUUGUGAAGCUCCCAAGAAAAGAAGUAUUUCCUAAAUCCUGAACCAAAGAAGCAUAAACUAGUGAGUGCAAAGGCAGAAAAAAGCAGUAACAUUCUGGAGAUAAAAUGCAAAGAGAUUCUCUGAGACUGCAAAGACUACUUAAAGAACGAAGACGGCAUGAGAUUGGAUUUGAUGCAUUAAAAUAGGUUAGCUUGAGGACAAGAAAAACAGUUGCUGUUUAGAUCUUCUCUUGUUGCCGUGAUGAGAACUUACCAUUGCUUCUGGUUGCUGUUUUGGGCUGGCCAGCCCCACCAAAGUUUCUUAACUUUGCUGUCCAAAAGGACUAGUGGCUUUCCAGAAAAGGAAAAGGUUUUGGUACUGUCUGGAAACAGCAGGAGAGACCACAGUCGUUCCAAAAGGAGUUGGAUGUGGAAUCAGUUCUUUUUAUUGGAGGAAUAUACAGGAACUGACUAUCAAUAUGUUGGCAAGCUGCAUUCAGACCAGGAUAAAGGAGAUGGAUCACUUAAGUACAUCCUUUCUGGAGAUGGAGCAGGAGACCUCUUCAUUAUCAAUGAAAACACUGGUGACAUCCAAGCCACAAAGAGACUAGACAGAGAAGAAAAGCCUGUAUACAUACUUCGUGCCCAGGCUAUAAAUCGAAGAACUGGAAGACCAGUGGAACCAGAAUCUGAGUUCAUCAUCAAGAUCCAUGAUAUCAACGACAAUGAGCCAAUGUUUACAAAGGAUGUUUACAAUGCCAGCAUUCCAGAAAUGUCAGAUGUUGGUACCUUUGUUGUACAAGUCACUGCAACUGAUGCCGAUGAUCCUACAUAUGGGAACAGCGCUAAAGUUGUCUACAGCAUUCUCCAGGGACAACCAUAUUUCUCCGUAGAAUCCGAGACAGGUCAGAAGACCUUGUCUUUUCCUCCUCUGUCUACUGUAGGCACCUACCAAUUCAGAGCUCCUGAGUCUACGCCACCUGACUCACCAAUUGGCAGGAUCAAAGCUAAUGAUGCAGAUGUGGAUGAAAACGCAGAGAUUGAAUACAGCAUCACUGAGGGGGAUGGAUAUGACAUGUUUGGAAUUACCACAGACAAGGACACACAGGAAGGAAUUAUAACUGUCAAAAAGGCACUGGAUUUUGAAAAUAAAAACUUGUAUAUUCUGAAGGUGGAAGCCACCAAUACUCACGUGGACCCUCGAUUCCUCUACUUGGGGCCAUUCAAGGAUUCAGCCACAAUCAGAAUUCAAGUGGAAGAUGUAGAUGAACCCCCUGUGUUCAGCAGACCAGCAUAUAUAAUUGAAGUGAAAGAAGAUGUUCCAAUAAACAGUGUAAUAGGAACAGUAACAGCGCAGGAUCCAGAUGCUGCCAAGAACCCUGUCAAGUAUUCUGUAGAUCGACACACUGAUAUGGACAGAGUAUUCAACAUCAACUCAGGAAAUGGUUCGAUAUUUACUUCAAAAACUCUUGACCGGGAAACAUCGCUAUGGCACAACAUUACAGUAAUAGCAGCAGAGAUCAACAACCCAAAACAAAGCAGCCGUGUCCCAGUGUUCAUUAAGGUUUUGGAUGUAAAUGACAACGCUCCAGAGUUUGCCAUGUUUUACGAGACCUUUGUCUGUGAAAAUGCAAAGGCAGAACAGCUGAUACAAACACUGAGUGCAGUUGAUAAAGAUGACUCUUACAGUGGACACCAGUUUUCAUUCUCCAUAGCUCCAGAGGCAGCCAGCAGCUCAAACUUUACACUCCAGGACAACAGAGACAACACAGCAGGGAUUUUCACCCGAAAAACCAGAUAUAACCGGCAUGAAAUGAGUACCUACCUUUUGCCAGUGGUAAUAUCAGACAAUGAAUACCCUAUCCAGAGCAGCACUGAAACGGUGACUAUUCGGGUAUGCGCUUGCGACCAUCGAGGAAAGAUGCUGUCCUGUAAUGCAGAAGCCUUGAUUCAUCCUACUGGUCUUAGCACUGGGGCUCUUAUUGCCAUUCUUCUCUGUAUCAUCAUAUUACUUGUUACAGUGGUGUUGUUUGCAGCACUGAGACGGCAAAGGAAAAAAGAGCCUUUGAUUAUUUCCAAAGAAGACAUCAGAGACAACAUUGUCAGUUAUAAUGAUGAAGGUGGUGGAGAGGAAGACACCCAGGCAUUUGAUAUCGGCACGCUGAGGAAUCCCGAAGCCAUAGAUGAUAAUAAAUUACGCAGAGACAUUGUGCCAGAAACGCUUUUUAUGCCACGGCGGACUGCAACAGCCCGAGAUAACACGGAUGUCAGAGAUUUCAUUAACCAAAGGCUAAAGGAGAAUGAUACAGACCCAGCAGCCCCCCCAUAUGACUCGUUAGCGACCUACGCUUACGAAGGUAAUGGUUCUGUGGCAGAGUCCCUCAGCUCCUUGGAGUCGGUGACCACAGAUGGAGACCAGGACUAUGAUUACCUCAGUGACUGGGGGCCGCGGUUUAAAAAGCUGGCAGAUAUGUAUGGCUCAAUGGACAGUGACAAAGACUCUUAAUAUGUUGCCUUUUUUUUCCCUCCUUCAUUUUCAGAAACAGCAUUGAGAUACGUGAAGUGGCUAUUUCUUUCUAUUUCUCCAUAGCUCUGUGAAAGGGUUCUCUGUUUGAACGGUUCCAGUUGUCUAAUGACUGCAGUGUGGAUCAGCUGUCAGAAAACUUUUUCUAGUAUCAAUUUAUGAGCUUCCAAGAGGCAAAGUUCUUAUUUUUUAGGGCAUCCAAGUUUAUCAAGCCAACCUUACAGGCACAGCAGUGGUGGAGGGGAAAAAAAAAGAUCAGAUGGGGAGCAAUAUUUUUACUUGUUCUGCUUAUAUUGUAAAUUGGAGUAUAUUACUGUUUAAGCUCACUUGCUCUUUUUACUUGUAUUCAGAUUAUUCAGCUCAGAUGACUGCUCUGUUGAUUGUGUAUUGCACAUCCCAAUGUAAUGAGGUACCCUAGUUUAACCUAUGUAUUAUAGUCAAAAGUAGUGGUGAUGGAAUGAAGGUUUAUUUUACAAAGUAGAGUCAGCUGAGAAAAAACAUCCAACACAUUUUACUCAUGAGGAAGUUAGAGAGGCCUAAUGGUCAUUUAAAUCUAAGUAUUUUUUCAGAACUUGCCAUUGCCCCCAGUGCACUGAAUCUAUUAACACACAUAUAUAUAGUUCAUUGACUGCUAUGUAUAUAUUCUUCUGCCCUAGCAUUGCUGGAGAGAUGUGAGUGCAUGCAUGUGUGUGCGAUCAGUAGCCCCAGUACCUUGUUUUAGAUGGCUUCUAGGAACCUAGACUCCAUAUUAGACCAUGACUUGGAGGAAGGAACAGAAAGUAACCGUGCUUUUCUUUGUAUUUGCGAUGGCUGCCACAUGCAUGUCAGUGGUGAAGGCCAUUGUGCUGGGGAGGCAGGAUUCAGGCUUUUCUACUUCUGCCUGUUCCAAAGUGUAGGAGGGCUGUUGUAGCUCCAAGGUCAUCGCCGACCAUUGAGUCAAAAGAAUAAACUGCAAAGAAGGAAGGAGAACUUCUAUGUCCUGAGCUCCCCUGGUGGCAGCCCAGGGUAGCUUCUCACUGACUCUGCCCAGUUUUGCUAUCUGUAAAGUAGGGAAAUAAUGCCUACCUCAUCAGGAUGUUGCAAGAAUUAGAUAAGUCACUCAGAAAAUGCUUUACAGAUGGAAAAUGCUGGCACUCUGCCAGAGGAAGUAAUUUCUUAUGCUUUUUUUCCAUUUUUUUUCCUUCCCCCUUCAGAUUCAAGCCCUGAAUGCACAAAUAAGCAAAAAUCAAUUGUCAUUCUAGUGGACUGAAAAGCAGGGUAUAUAACUUUGGUGGGUUUUUUUCUCUUUCUUUUAAUAAACUACUCAGCCAGUGUUGUUAAAGACUUCACCAGAAGGUGACAUUUUAAUCACAAGUCUCUCAGUGGGUGUGCUUAUCUGCUUUGCCAAGCUAAGUAAUUUUUGUCCAGCGGUGGGAGCAGGGGGAGAUGUCAUAGUCUCAAGCCAGAACAAUUUCCUCUACAGCUUGUGUACCAUUUGCUCUAUUUGUUGGUUUGUCACACCUGUAUUAUGGCUGUUCUUUAUACCCAGUCAUCUAGGAGAGGCUAGAUGGAAAAAACCCAGAGGGGUAGCCAUCAGACAUAUCCAAUUCCAGGAGCUGAAAGCCCUCCUGGGUCCCAAAACAGGGACAUGGCCUAAAGCAGAGUGCUGAGGGAAGAUGGUAUUUUUUUUUUUUUUAAUAUACCUCAUAAAUAACUGAUCUCAUAUACUUAGUUUUGAAACAGUAUUUAAUACUAGAAUUACAGGCAUGGAUCUAUUUCCUUUCUUCUCCCCUCUCAAAUCUUUAGUGAAUCAAUUUGAAAACUUAAACAGCUCCAAUUUACUCUAAAAAUAAAAGAUGAGGGAAAAAAGUUAAUAAACAGAAAAUUAAAAGGGAUUAAAAAUUAAUCCCUGGAAUUCAUUACUUUCAGAGAAAUAAAUAAAGAGAAUGGUAAGAUUCCAGAGUUUUAGACACAUCCAAGCACGUUGACAGAAAUUCUGAUUUUGUGGGCCCACUUGCAGCUCAGAGGAGUGAAUUGCUUUGCAGUGUCCAGCAGUGUUGGGAAGGACACUUUUGCAGUGGGAGGCACUAUGUGUCUGCAGGUGUAGGGAAAGGCAGCUGGUGCCUGCUUUGUAAGUGCCCACAUUGUAGUUCCAGAGCAGAGGAGUGCAAGAUUUCAGAGGGAGCUGAACCUUCAUCCUGCAUCCUGUGGGUUAGGUGCUCCAACGCGUGGUGGGGCAGAGCCUGGUGUGCCCACAUGAUGACAGAGACACAGCUAGGCCCUUCUCGUGUUCUCGUGUUCUCCUCAGUUCUCCUCCACAAUUUGAGAUUAUGAAAACCUUUGAAAGCCUGUCCCUUUGUGGCCUCCUGGAAAUCACAGCAUCCUGCCCAAAACCUAGUUCUGGCACAGGAGAAGAAAUGCCUGGUUCCUCAAUAGCUUUCAGACAUGUGGGAGGAGAAGCAGGAGCUCAGCAGUACCUGCCACAGGCUCCUCAGCACGAGCCACUCUCCUCAUACAUCUGCUGCAGAUGCUGCACCCUUCAGGGGACCCUUUUGCCACAGACCUGUUUCUUGCCCACCUCUGCAGGGGGCUGCCUGCAGCAAAUCACAAGCUGGAUGCUGAGAGCCAGUCAGUGAACCCUAACCCUCCUCAGACCAUUGGGGACAGCAAGCCUUACAGGCCUGCAGUUGAAAGGCAUUUGGCCCCACUAACCACCCUCUACUCACUGUUUAGAGGGGACUGCUGUCACAUAUCUGCAGCUGGGACAGGAGUGGUCCCCUACGAAUACUGCCUCUGUCAGUUCUUGAGGGAGCUAACACAACAGAGGACCAUGCACCUCCACCAAGUCAGUACAGUGACUUGGUCUGAUCCGGUGAUUUGUUUUUUUUCCCCUCUUCUUGCCUCUUUUUUUUUUUUUCCUUUUCCUUUUUCCUGUUGAAAGCUGGCUCUAUCUUGUCCAUUGAGCAUCCCAAUAUAUAACAGAGAGGUUGAUCAUGCCUGUUGUGUAAAUGUAUAGUAUAUAAAAUUAUGUAAUGUCACCACAGAUAUGCUGUCUCAAUAGCAAAUGGAUUCUCCUAGGAAAACUCAAGGCAAACUCACAUCCAAAUUCUUUACUAUGCAUCUAGGUCUUAAGGUCUAUUUUUUUCCUGCAAAUUAGACAGACUUAGCAUCUCUCACAAGAAAAAUUCAAUUCUGUCUUUUCUUCUUGCUUGGCAGUACCACAAAGUGCAAUUUAUAAAGUCAGUACAGCAUAUUAAGUAUUGAAAGUGCCAUAUUGCAGUGAAUACAAAACUUUGCAGUAGUGUUUCUUUACACUUUGUUGCAUGUUGGUGUGCUAGAUGAUAGAAACGAGUAUUUAACAGUACUUUCACACAAUGCUAGAAUUGUCAUUUAUAGAUCAGCAAGUGUUAGAUUAGGGGCUAUGAAGUGAGUUUCAAGGCUGUUAUAAGCCUGCUGUUCUUAGAACCACACCCAUUUGAAGAGAAUAAACAUUAUAAGCAAAUUUAGCCAAGCCAUGCAGAGAUGAAUAAUGAAGUUGGCUUUUCACUUGAAAAAGUGUCUGUUCUAACAACGGGGGAGCUAUUAAAAGCUACCAAGGAACUCAGUGGAGUUAACAUAAAAUAGAUACCUGCUUACAUGGGAGAUGUUUCCAGCCCUUCUGUCGCAGAACAAUAGCAUCUCUACACUUGAGAUAGAAUAAGGUUUCUAGUAUGUGGCUAUUCCACCCAACUCCCAAAGCAGCUACUGUAUUCUGUAAAAUGGAUUUUUACUCAGAAUAAUGAUUGUUUCAGGUUAAGAAUCAGUCUAUCCCACAGCAGCAACAGUAUGGUGAGAUACAGCAAACCAGAUGCUCCCAGACAUGCUGCCAACGCAGUUGUGCCAGGACAUCUCCCUUAGUAGACCAGCCUAUGGAGGAGAACCAAGAUGGAAACUUGCAGUGAGCUCUGAACAAGGGAAUCUGGGGGUUUCCUGAGAGCUCAGCUGGCAGUACCACAGGACUGAAAUGUGUUCUCAGACUUGACAUGGAUUGAUACACUAUCUAAUCAUGGAAAGAAAAAAAAAAGUUAUGCAUUCCAGACACUGCUUGUAAAAGAUGUCUAAGAAAAUCCCAAGCAGAAGAAAAACACUGCACAUGUACCAACACCAGUAUUUUCUAUAUUUGGCCUAAACAACAUAUUUUUUUCUGAUAUUUCUUAAUUUUGUUAGCUGCCAGACUUAGUUCAUUCUAUGGAAAUGUAUUUCAUAGUUGUUAAAUGGGAAGGGGAAAGGCAACCUGCAAAUGAUCCAGUUUUGGAAGCAAUAGGCUGCAUUACAAGGCAUAAUGUUUCCAUUUCUCUGACAAAAAUAAACUAACAAAAAACAUUAACUGGACAUUUCUAAUCCUACAAAAAUUCAGCAGUCACAAAGAAGUAAAGCAGAGAGAGAUGGCUUUUGGAAUGUGUGUACACAGUAUGAAUAAAGAAGGAGAGAAAUGAAAUUUUGAAGCUAGGCAUGUUUUAAAGUCUGAUUUAUCCACGUUGAUCAGAGACAACAGUACACAGUAACUCUGCCGCUUCCAGAUUGCAUAUAGAAGCCAGAGGCUGAUUUGCGUGGAUAGCAAGACAGACACCAUCUUUCUCAGACAAAGCAAAUUAAAUCAAGGCUAUUUCCAUGCAAAUUUCUAGAGAAGACAGAUCCUUUCUCAUGAUGAUUACUAAAACAUGCUAAAUUUCUGCACCAGAUCUAACUUGAUGAUCUUCCACACUCUUUUCAGUGGGUUAUGGAUAGUGAUUCUAAGCAGGUAACUUCUGUGGACAUUAUCAGCUCUUCCUGCCACCAUCUGUUUUAAAUCUCUCCACAUUUCAUUUGGCUAUAAGUAAUACUGAACUGUUUUACACGAUCACUAUCCCAACUGGGUGUUGCUAUCCCCUGCCCAUUUGUGUUUUAAUUAACACUGCAGUCUGAGCUCCUCUGUCAAAUAAGAGCUGACAAGUUCACAAUCGUUAUCCUAUUUCUGAUGAGUAUGAACUGUUUUGUAAGUUGUGAAAGGCAGGGUAUUUCUCCACACCUAUGAAAACGCAACCUCCCACAAUAAAUGUCAGAGCUACAACUGAAGAACUGAGCACUGCGCAGGCAGCAGAGCACUGGCACAAGUUGCCCAGAGAUGAUGUAGAAUCUCCUCCUUAGAGAUCUUCAAAAGCCACCUGGACGUGGUCCUGAGCAGCCGGCUCUGUGUGGCUCUGGAGGGUUGGACCAGAUGGACCCAGAGGUCUCUACCAACCUCAACCAUUCAGAGAUUCCGUGAUAUUUUUUUUUUUAUUAGAAUUGUUUCCUUAGAGGUUGUUUCUCUAUUUAAGAGAGAUGAAGAACAAAAGUAUAUUUAAUGCCUACAGCCUUGUGCAUUGCUCUGGGAGGGGAAAAACACAGCAGCCAACUCCAUGCUUUAAUGCCAGUCUUUCCUCUCAGCAGUUUUAUUUAGGCACAGCUGAGACAAUCUUGAUCCUGCCCAUCAUUUUGCAAUAUUACACUUUUCAGCCCAGACCUGCACUCAUCAUAUAUGAAACACUUCCCUGAACAGUUCAUAAAUUCAGCAGGAGGUAACCAAAAGCCUCUUCUGGAGUUACAAGGAGUUCAAGAGUCAGAGAGCCGAGAGUUUCAGGCAGAAGAACGGAAAAUGAAUUGCACGGGGCGGGAAUUGGGGGAGGCAAUCACUCACAUGCAAGGCAGGCCCAAGGCACUUAAAAGCCACAAAGCUGUCACAUUAUACAUAAAGUUGCUAGAUUUCAAAGGAGCUUUUACAGAAGUUGCUCUUAUUUUUUUCUGCAUGUCUUCUCUCUUUAAAAAAGAAGAGGGAAAAAAAAAAAGGAGCUGCAAACUUCACAUUUCUCCUUUCACAAAGUUAAUUUGACCAAGAAGGCGUAAGUCUCACACAUAGAUUAAUCCUUUCCACUCCCAUGGGCUUUUGACCUUUCCUAUGAGACUGCACUAUUUAUGUAAAUACACCUGGAGACACUUUCUAUAAGCUUUUAGUUUUCUACAAUCUAUUACCUUAGUGUUUAUUAAAGGAACAAAUGUAUAGUAUUAUUAAGCAUUCAGGUGAACAGAACAAAGAAACAACAGUGCAAACAUGAAAUUGUUCUGGAUUUUGACAUAUAAAAACUCUUCAGAAUCACUGUACUGUUUCAAUUCUGUGAUUACUUUCAUUGCUUUGAAAAUUAAAAAAAAAAAAAGAAAAA